AUUGAGUAUUGAAUGGGGAUUAUCAAAAUGAAUUUUGCUAUUGCUUUCACUGCCUUAUGUUUUUAAGCACUAGUCCUGUAUCCUUGUCAUGACACUAUCUCCGAGUAAGUCGACAAAUUGGAGAAAAAUAUUGUGAGAUUGGAAUAGAUGGAAGUGGAAUUAAAAACUCAUAUGGAGAGAAAUUAGGAGUUAAUCAAGCAUAGAAUAAUUAUGAAUGGAAAAAAUAUCUGAUGUGAUUUUUAUUCAUUUGUUUUUUUUAAAAUAUAAUAUAAAUAA